GUCCAAAUCGUCCCCAAAUUGUCGCCUACAAGGCUCCAAUCCGGUCAUAAUAACCUCGAAGUAGGAUCAAACCCUCUCUUAGACACCCGUGUCUUUCAUCAACUCACCAACCUUUGCCUCCAACCCCAAAUUCUUUCCAAAUUCGAAACACAUCGACCUGUAUUGACAGCUCGCUCGCCCAUCAUGAACGCCCUCUUCAACUCCGCCCUGCGGCAAUCCUCCUCCAUCCGCAAAGACCUCGACGCCUUCUCCGAUGCCGCCUCACCAUCCCCCGCCCUCCACGGGCAAAUCUCCGCCUCCCUAACCAGCUUCUCCCGCACCAUUGACGACUACUCCAAGCUCGCAAAGCAAGAACCCGUCCAAACCAAGCAAGAAAAAGCCUUCGAGCGCGUGAAAACCUUCCGCACCGAGCUCUCGGAAUACCGCGACGCCUUCCAGCGCAUAAAGAACGUCAACGACGAAAUGCAGACCAAUGUCGCGCGCAACGAACUACUCGGCCGGAGACCGCACCACGCGUCGACGCCGGAGAACCCCUACGCCAUGAACCAAGGCCAGCAGAACCCGUACUCCAACUCGCACAACUCGCCGUUCGCGCCCGCCAACAGCGACCCCAAUGCGCCGUAUAGACAGAAUGCUUACUCGAUGGGGGGCGGUGGUGCGCCUGGCGAGUACGACAGGGAGACGCAUGCAUUCCGGGAGAGGGACUUCGUGAGUCAGACGUCGGCGCAGCUGGAUGAUUUCUUGGAUAGGGGGCGUGCGGUGUUGGGGGAUUUGGGGCAGCAGAGGGAGAUGUUGAAGGGGACGCAGAGGAGGUUGUACUCGGUUGCGAAUACGCUGGGUAUUAGUGGUGAUACUAUCCGUAUGGUGGAGCGGAGGGCGAAGCAGGAUAAGUGGAUUUUCUGGGGUGGGGUUGUGGUGUUCUUUUUGUUUUGCUGGCUCGUGUUGCAUUAUCUGAGGUGAAGGAGGUUACUGUGUUAUAUAAGAGAAGGGACAUGUGUUUUUGUAUGUCAUCGGCCGUUAUAUUGCAGGUCGUGGCGGAGAUUUGCUAUCUUAGCGAGGCGUUAUGGAUGCAUGAGUGCCAGAGUCGACACUCAACUUCAUUGGAUUGCUGGCGUUUUAUCUACAAAAUUCAAGCAUUAAUCCUGGAUCACUUCAGUUCAAAUCCGGUGUCUGUUUGAUAUCGGAUAUUG